AUGGGGAGCAAUGAUAUUGAUUGGGAGUUGGACGAGGGCCUGCCCCAAGUCGGAGAUCCAUUUAUUCAACAGUACCUGCGAGGCCGCGAUGCCCUGAUCGCGCAAGAGCAAAAACAGCGCCACGAUGCCAAUCUUCGCAAAUCUCUGUCGCCCAUCGCCGCCCGCGCAUCAAGGAUCAUGUCGCAGAUCCGGGCGCGCGAGCAGCGUGAGCUAUGGUCUACGGGACUCGACGAGGCGGCGGCCCACCAAGCAGACGAGAUCCUCUAUCCUGGGGUUAUGUUCCAUCUAGCCAAGGGUCGCAUGGAGAAGACCAAACUAUGGAAAAUCGUCGAGAAAAUGCCCAAGGGGUCCUUGCUACAUGCCCAUAUGGAUGCCAUGUUCGACGUCGACUUUUUGAUUGACCAGGCUUUGUCAACCCCGGGCAUCCACAUGUCCGCGCCCAAGCCAUUGAUUACCUCCAAGGACCUGGAAAAAGCCCCCUUUUCCUUCCGAUUUUCUUCCCGACCGGAUGAAGAAUCGGAAACCCAACCCAGUAUCUGGUCCGAAGCAUACGAAUCGUCUUCAUUGAUCCCCAUCCAGAAAGCCGCCUCGUCUUUUCCCAACGGCCAAGAGGCUGGAUUCCGAGAAUGGCUGAAAAGUCGAGGUGUGCUCAUGCCGGAGCAUUCAUACCACCACCAUCACGGAGUCGAUGCGAUCUGGGCUAUCUUCACGACGACAUUCCCCGUCAUCAACUCGAUGCUGAUGUAUGAGCCUAUCUUCCGGGCUUGCUUCCGCCGUCUAUUGACACAGUUGGCCGCCGACGGGAUUCGAUAUGUCGAGUUCCGUAUUGCAUUCGUUUUCCAAUACAGGAAAGAAGGGAGUGAGAUCCCCGAGGAAGAUUAUUUCGAAUUCUGUCGCGUGGUCACGGAUGAAGUGGCUCAGUUCAAGACCACCGACGAGGGGAAGAAUUUCUACGAUGCGCGAAUGAUCUGGACCACAAUUCGUCGCUUUUCUAAUAUGGAGAUUGUCAAAAGCAUGAAACAGUGUAUCGAAACGAAACUGGCUUUCCCUGAUCUCAUCUGCGGCUUUGAUUUGGUCGGGCAAGAAGACCUGGGUCGGCCGCUCGUGGAUCUCGUCCCGAGUUUGUUCUGGUUCCGCAAACAAUGUGCCGAGAAAGGCAUAGAUAUCCCGUUCUUCUUCCACGCCGGAGAGUGUCUCGGCGAUGGCGACACCACCGAUCACAACCUCUUCGACGCCAUUCUCCUCGGGACUCGACGCAUUGGUCAUGGGUUCUCUCUCUACAAACACCCGCUGCUGAUCGACCUAGUCAAGGAGAAGAAAAUCCUCGUUGAAUGCUGUCCCAUCUCCAACGAAGUGCUCCGCCUCACCAGCUCCAUCAAAUCCCACCCCCUGCCGGCACUGCUAGCUCGAGGCGUCCCCGUCUCGCUCUGCAACGAUGAUCCGGCGAUCCUCGGUCAUGGGAGGAACGGAAUAACCCAUGACUUUUGGCAAGCAAUGCAAGGGCUAGAAAACAUCGACUUGGCUGGUUUGGCUAUGAUGGCCCAGAAUUCCAUCCGAUGGAGCUGCUACGAUGACCAAUCCACCGCCGAGUGGAAGGCUGAGGUCCACCAAGGGAUCCUGGGGGAUGGGAUCAAAGCUGCUCGGCUGCGUGAAUGGUGCUCAGAGUUUGAAAAGUUUUGUGAGUGGGUUGUCUUGGAGUUUGCUGAGUUCGACGAAGACUAA